AGUGGAUUUUAUUUAUUACGACUUCGGUUUUAGCAACCAUUCGGAUAUUACGACGUUAAUUUAUUAUUUAUUUAUUUAUUAUUAUUACGAUAUAUUUACACAGCAUUACAGUUCGCACCAAAGCGCUGGCAAAUGUAUACAUGCAAAAUAGUAAGUACAUAAUUAUUGAAUUACAAUUAAGUCGUGCAAAUAUUAUAAAUUAAAAAUAUGUCAAGUGGUUUAAAAUAUGCAAUUAUAAAAUUUAAUGUCAAACAAUACUUAGUAGUAGUAUUUCAAACAUUCACGACAUACAUUUACCCAUCUGCUAGCAAACACAUCGCAGUCAGGGGCUGAUGACAAGAACGCGUUAAUUGUUCUGAGGGCUCGAAGAAUUGGAGAGUUUCUGCAGGAAACUGUAUGCGCCAGAGGAAUGGCUAAAAGACUAGAGCACCGCGGCCUGAGCUGGUUCUUUGGCACAAAUGGUACCGAAAGUCUUACAAGUCUUGACACCAAGACGGGACAGUCACUGUUUCCCCUCAAUAUGCUACACAUACGUGUCAAAAACUUGUAAUUACGCCUCCAGAGAGUUGAAGCCAAGUGAUCCAAGCAAGAACUUAGUAGGGUAUAGAUAGGGAUAGUACCCAUGCAAUUUUUUUAUAGAGGCACCUUAAAAAUGCUUUUUGUACUCUCUUAAUACAAAGUCCCAUGAAUUUAAAGCAUAAUUUAGUACAAGAUACAUGUAGAUAUAGCGACUUCGGGUGUAACGGCGUAUUUGGGUGAAGGGUCGUCGGUUUUUAAUGAAAGUGUGUAUGACAUAUCAUACCUCAUAAGGUACACAUAUCAUGAUUAUGACUUAUGCAAAAUGUCAGCUACAAGGCUCUUGAGUCUUGUUUGUUUUUAAUAUAGUGUUUUAUUUUUCUUUUGCUUCUUACUUCCAGGCUUAAAACAGAGCAUCUGGGUGGAACAGCUUUCAACUUUCAUUUCCAUAUUGAUGAACUUUACACAUCUUCAUAUAUUCAUGAACAAGUAUUUGAUGUCCAUGGGUUGGCUCUGAUGAAACUUUUUACAAAAAAUGAGGAUUUUUACUAUAAAAACUUAUUUUUGUCUGUCAUGAAACAUGAAUCAACCAUGAUGCUAAACAUUGAAAUCAUAUUAAAGUGUGAAAGUCCAAUAUUUCAACGCACCUUAAUUUGUUCUGAAACAUGGUCUGAGGAUUUAAAAUUAUUUAGAUUAGAAUGUGACAAUACAACAUUAACAUUUAAAGUGGAAGUUGAAAUCCGGGUCAAUAAAUGCAAGUCAGUAUUAGACCUUAUAUAUUUAGAUGAAGAUUUCACAGACUUCCAAUUGAGCACAGCAGAAGGAAGUGUUUCCGUGCAUAGAGCAAUCCUUGCUGCACAUAGUGAUGUAUUCAGGAGAAUGCUUUCCGGGGAAUGGAAGGAGACAAAUGCUGGAUGCAUUGAGAUACAAGGAGUCACUCUUGAGACCCUGCAAAGCCUGAAGCGGUACAUGUACUUGGGCACCAUGCCCGAAGAAGGCCUGUGUCCUCUCCUACUCAUUGCGACAUUCUAUUUUAUUGAUGACCUAAAAGCAGAAUGUACUAUUAAACUGGCUAAUUCAAUAACUUCAGAAAACCUGUAUGACCUUUUGGAAUUUUCCUAUGUGAACAAUAUGCCAGAGCUGACAUUUGCCAUUCUCAGGACUGUACGAGCACAGCCAAGGGAUGUGAUUGAAGUUGCUAAUCAGAAAAUGAUGAAACCUGAGAAGGGUGAGGAUCUGAAUGGAAAAAGCGAGGCAAUAUGUGAAGAGCCUAAGAAAGAAGAAUGAAUAUACUCUUAUAAAUAAUUUGUCUUCCAGACUUUUGUCAUGAAAUUGGGAUUAAGGCAAUUUUGGCAGACCUUUUUAAAUAAGUUUGGUUGUUAUAUAUGUAAUUAUACAGAAGUGAUCCAAUUGUUUAUUUCGUAUACUUAAUUAUGUAUGUAAAUUUCUCAAAACUUCUGUAAAUAGUUACCUAUGUUGGUAAACGUUUUAUAUUUCUAAUAAAUAUUAAAAAUAAAAACAGUGUCGUAAUUAAUUUUCGUAAAUUUGAAACUAAACUGCAACUGAAUUUGAAGGCCUAGACAGUAUGGGUAUAACUUUAGUGUAAUACUUACUGUUAAUUUUUGCGUAAACUGUAAGAAAUAUAAAACUUACAUCGAAAAUAAAAGAAACCUCGUGAAAAUAGAGAAGAAGCCCUCUUGGUGCUAUAAAAUUAAAUUUUCGCGCGAUUUUUAAUAUUGACGUGCGUUCAAUUAUGCACUUGUAAUUCUUAUUUACACUUUGUAUUAUAUUAUUAAAUUAAUUUUUAACAAGCAGAAACGUCUGCGAACGAUGAUAUUAAGCUUAGAAUAGAUAUUAUAAAAUAAAUUUAAAAGUGGAAAAAUUAUGUCUUGCGUGAGACCUGAACUCACGGCCUCUGGAUUAUUUUUGUAUUAUAUUGUUAUUCAAAUAACUGUAUAUUUAAUGAGUUUUAGAAAGAAAUGUAAAUAAAUACCAAUGAGAUGAUUUUAACUGGUCUUGUAUAGUUUUUUUUUGUCCAUCUGGGCAGACUAAUGGCCUUUUGAGUCACUAAACUAGUAGAUUUUUUCUUUUCUGAACGUACGCUGUCAAAGUUAGUGCCGUGUCGGUGGGAUACCUCUAACCUCGUCAGUUAUAUAUAUUGUGAAAGAAAAUAAUCUAAAACUAAUAAUUUGAUUAAUUUAUUUAUAGUGAAUAUUGAUUGACCCCAGUUUCCACACUUUCCACAUGAGAAGAAUGUCCGCUCUUAGAAAAUAUAUCGAUAUUGGAGCCAACCUCACAGAUGAUAUGUACCAAGGGGUCUACCAUGGUUCAAAGAAGCAUGAACCUGACUUGGACAAGGUUAUGGCGCGCGCCUGGGCCGGCGGCAUGGACAGGAUGAUUAUCACCGGAGGCAGCGUUACUGAUAGCAAGAAGGCCAUUGAACUGUCCCAAACGGAUUCCAGAUUGUUCUCUACUGUAGGAUGCCAUCCAACUCGGUGCACAGAAUUUGUCCAGGACCCUCAGGCCUAUCUUGAUGAUCUUAGGGCUCUCAUUGCUGCCAACAAGGAUAAAGUGGUGGCCAUCGGAGAAUGUGGACUGGACUAUGAGAGGCUGCAUUUCUGUGAUAAAGAUGUUCAAGUCAAAUAUUUCGAAUACCAGCUCCAACUAAGCAAAGAGUUCCACCUACCACUGUUCCUACACUGCCGCGCCGCAGCCGACGACCUGGUAGACAUACUCCACCGUAACCAAGACUCCGUAGUUAGUGGUGUGGUCCACUCCUUCGAUGGAACGGAACAGGCGUUAGAGAAGAUAUUAGCGCUGGGGAUGUAUAUAGGCAUAAAUGGAUGUUCACUACGAACAGAGGAGAACUUGGCUGUAGCCGCAAAGAUACCCAAAGACCGGCUAAUGAUAGAGACUGACUGUCCCUGGUGCGAAGUCAAGCCGACGCACCCCGGCUACAAGCAUGUGAUCACCAAGGUCACAGCGGUCAAGAAGGAGAAGCAGUCUGCAGAGUGUCAGGUUAAGGGGAGGAAUGAACCUGCCAAUAUUGUCCAUGUCCUGGAAAUCUUGGCAGCUAUUCGUAAUGAAGAUGCCAACGAGCUAGCAGAUGCAAUCUACAACAAUACUAUGACAUUGUUCUUUGCUGAUAAAUAAAUAUUUAUUUGAUUAGGA